UAGGCCUAGCGGCUACACGCCGUCAAAAAUCGGUUAGCUCCCUUUACCACCCCUGCUUUGGUUGUUGCCCCCCCUCCCCCGCGCGCACUAAGGUCCUGGGGGCGGGGGGGCGGCGGUGGUAUAUGCCGUGGCCGCUGCCCUCGCAACAUAACCAGGGGACAGGUAUUUGUAAAUCUGUGCUUCGACUUCUAAUCCCGAAGCCGGCAGGUAUCGGUCUCGCGAGAUAAACCGGGAACUGGAAAAAGUUGCUAUGGGAAUAUAUGACCACAUAAAAGGAAGUGUGUUCUGAUAAUUCUGAUACCUGAGAUGUAAGUGGACUGAAGUGUGAAACAGGAAAAAGUGCAGUGCCAACCUUAGUUACAAUGGCCACUGAUUCUGGGGAGCCAGCUAGCACAGAAGAUUCUGAGAAACCUGAUGGGGUUUCCUUUGAAAACAGGGUUUCUCAGAUUGCUGCACCUCUGAUUAUAGAAUCUAGAAUGAAGGAAAAAACAAGCACCUCCUCUGCUUCAGGGGAAACCAUCGAAAGAAAGAGAUUUUUCCGAAAGAGUGUUGAGAUGACAGAAGAUGACAAAGUUGCUGACUCUUCCCCUAGAGAUGAAAGAAUAAAAGCUGCAUCAAAUAUUUCAAGAGUAGACAAACUUCCUACAAAUGUGCUAAGAGGUGGGCAAGAAGUUAAAUAUGAGCAAUGUUCAAAGGCAACCCCAGAAUCGUCAAAAGAUUGCUUCAAGGAGAAAAAAGAAAAGGAAAUGGAAGAAGAAGCCGAAAUGAAGGCUGUAGCAACUUCCCCUAGUGGCAGGUUCCUGAAAUUUGAUAUAGAGCUGGGAAGAGGAGCAUUUAAGACAGUAUAUAAAGGACUGGACACUGAAACGUGGGUUGAAGUUGCUUGGUGUGAACUACAGGACCGCAAACUAACUAAAGCUGAGCAGCAACGGUUCAAAGAAGAAGCAGAGAUGUUGAAAGGCCUCCAGCAUCCCAAUAUAGUUCGAUUUUAUGAUUCCUGGGAGUCUAUAUUAAAAGGAAAGAAAUGUAUUGUGUUAGUGACUGAACUAAUGACAUCAGGAACCUUAAAGACGUACUUAAAACGAUUUAAAGUCAUGAAGCCAAAGGUCUUAAGAAGCUGGUGCAGGCAAAUUUUAAAAGGAUUGCAAUUCUUGCACACAAGGACCCCUCCUAUUAUUCACCGGGAUUUGAAAUGUGACAACAUUUUCAUCACAGGACCCACUGGAUCUGUGAAGAUUGGUGAUCUUGGACUUGCAACCUUAAUGCGCACAUCAUUUGCUAAGAGUGUUAUUGGCACUCCUGAGUUUAUGGCUCCAGAGAUGUAUGAAGAGCACUAUGAUGAAUCUGUAGAUGUUUAUGCUUUUGGGAUGUGUAUGUUGGAAAUGGCUACUUCGGAGUAUCCGUAUUCCGAGUGCCAGAAUGCAGCUCAAAUAUACCGUAAAGUAACCAGUGGCAUAAAACCAGCCAGCUUCAAUAAAGUCACAGACCCUGAAGUGAAAGAAAUAAUUGAAGGAUGUAUUCGACAAAACAAAUCUGAAAGGUUAUCUAUUAAGGACCUACUAAACCAUGCAUUCUUUGCUGAGGAUACUGGACUGAGGGUGGAGUUAGCAGAGGAAGAUGAUUGCUCAAAUUCAUCCCUGGCUCUAAGACUCUGGGUUGAAGAUCCUAAAAAAUUAAAAGGCAAACAUAAAGACAAUGAAGCUAUUGAAUUCAGUUUCAAUUUAGAAAAAGAUACACCCGAGGAAGUAGCAUAUGAAAUGGUCAAAUCUGGAUUCUUCCAUGAAAGUGAUUCCAAAGCUGUUGCUAAGUCCAUUAGGGACCGUGUGACACUGAUAAAAAAGAUAAGGGAAAAGAAGCCUACUGGAUGCUUAGAGGAACGCAGGGAUUCCCAGUGCAAGCAUGUGGGGAAUGUAUUACCUCCACAGCAAACUCUAACUUCACCACCUGCUCCUGGGACACACACUGUGGCUGAAUGUGAAGAAACAGAAGUUGAUCAACAUGUUCGACAGCAGCUUUUCCAGGGAAAACCACAGCCGCAGUGCUCCUCUGUUAGAGGUGACACUUCAUCUGAGGCGGCAGCUGGACCAGUUCCACAUUCAGAUACUUCAAGUCUUCCCACUGUAGCCUAUUCUUCAAACCAGACAACUAAUUCUCAGUUGCAGGAGCAGCCAAAGUUGACUCAGUCCCCAGUUUUGCCUGUGGUCCAAGGUCAGUCCUCUGUUAUGCCCAUAUGUGCUGUUGGACUUGGAGUUGUUUCACAGCCCCAAAUUUCACCAUUAACUAUCCAGAAGGUCUCACAGAUAAAGCCUGUAUCCCAACCAGUUGGAGCUGAACAACAAGCAGCUCUUCAAAAUCCAGAUUUUGUUCGAAGCUUGAAUCAAGAUGUGACAGCUAUGAAAGAAAACACCAAUAACCCUGAUAACCCAAGUGGAAAUAGCAAACAGGAUCGGAUGAAACAGAGAAGAGCCUCCUGUCCACGGCCAGAGAAGGGGACUAAAUUUCAACUUACUGUCCUUCAGGUAUCAAUCUCUGGAGACAACAUGGUGGAGUGUCAGCUGGAAACACACAACAACAAGAUGGUCACUUUCAAGUUCGAUGUUGAUGGUGAUGCACCUGAGGAUAUUGCAGACUAUAUGGUUGAAGAUAACUUUGUGCUGGAAAAUGAGAAAGAAAAGUUUGUAGAGGAGUUGAGGGCUAUUGUAAGUCAAGCCCAGGAGAUCCUACAUGUCCACUCAGUUGCAGAAAAAUCUAUUGGUGUUGACUCUGUUGCCUUGGAAUCCAACAGUAACCAAACAGGAUCAUCUGACCAAGUACUGAUAAAUUCUGCAUCCACUCAAACCAGCAAUGAAUCUGCUCCUCAGUCAUCCCCAGUUGGUAGGUGGCGAUUUUGUAUCAACCAAACAAUAAAAAAUCGUGAGGCACAGUCUCCUCCUUCCUUUCAGCCUUCUGUGGCUAUGGUUCCUGGGUUACAUCCAUUUACUAAUUCAAGAAACACAGGUAAUCAGGAAAUAUCACAGGACACAUUGUUCACUAUAAAAAGUAAUCCAGACCAGCAUGUACUUAAUAAUCCAGACCAGCAUGUACUUUUUACCUCUAAAUCAGAACCCAAGGAUGUGGUUGAUGGUAAGAUUUCUGAAUGUGCUAGUGUAGAAACUGAGCAGCCAACUAUUCUCUAUCAAGUGAAAGAUGACAGACAGAUAAUGGCACCAGCUACUGAUAAUUCCAACUACUCUGCUACUUUGGUGUGUCCAGUUCCAGUUGAAUGUGAGGCACCUACCAGCCAAGCAGGCAUGUACACACCUACAAAUCCAUGUCAACAAGCUCCUAUUCUGGCUGAUGUGCUUACGACCCAUCCUGGUGAUAAUGCUGUUCUAACUUCAGUGUUUGUAUCUUCUGAUCAAAAGCCUCAGUCCUUAUCAGUACAGCAACCAAAUAUAGAUGCAGAGUUCAUUUCCCAAGAAGGAGAAACCACAGUGAACACUGAAUUAAGUUCUCCUAAGGCAAUCAUUUCCACUCAGACUCCUGGCUUUGAACCAGCUACGCUUCUACCUGCUACUGUCCUGGAAUCAGAUGGGGAACGACCUCCAAAAAUGGAGUUUGCAGACAACCGAAUUAAAACGCUAGAUGAAAAAUUAAGAAACCUGCUCUAUCAGGAGCACAGCAUUUCUAGCACCUAUCCUGAGAGUCAGAAAGAUACUCAAAGCAUCGACUCUCCAUUUUCUUCCUCUGCUGAAGAUAUACUAUCCUAUCCAAUGCCAGAAGUCACAGCUGUCAGUCACUGUGGGAUUCAAGAUAGCCCUGCACAAUCCCCGAAUUGCCAAAAGACAGACACUAAGAUUCUGUCCAAUGUGGCUGCAAGUCAGCCUGCUAAUAUAUCAGUGUUCAAAAGAGACUUGAAUGUGAUAACUUCUGUACCCAGCGAGUUAUGUUUACAUGAGAUGUCCCCAGAUGCUUCACUUCCAGGGGAUCCAGAGGCCUACCCUGCUGCUGUGUCAAGCGAUGGAACCAUUCAUCUGCACACAGGAGGUGGAUAUUUUGGCCUAAGCUUUACUUGUCCUAGUCUCAAAAAUCCUAUUAGCAGGAAAUCCUGGACUCGAAAAUUAAAAAGCUGGGCAUACAGGCUACGGCAGUCAACCAGCUUUUUCAAGAGCUCAAAAGUCCGUCAAGUGGAAACAGAAGAUAAAAGAUCAGCAAUUGCUCCUGAUCCUAUUCCGCUGCCACAAGAGUUCUCAGCUGAUACUAGGGCUUUGAGUAGAUGUAAAGCAAUGAGUGGAUCAUUUCAGCGGGGGCGGUUCCAGGUGAUUACAGUGCCUCAGCAGCAGUCAGUGAAAAUGAUGUCUUUUGGAAAAGAACACAGACCUCCAUUCAAGAAAACAACAGUCCAGUCUAGUGAACAAGCACUAGCCUUUGCUGAAACUGCAGUGUCUCAAUUGAUCGAGCUGGAACCUGCCAUGUCCACUCCUAAAGCUUCAGUUUCUUCACGAAAGUUACAAACUCUUUAUGAAACUUUUAAAGAAGAUAAAGGGGACCCUGAACAAGGUGACAUCUUAUCUUUCAGCACAGCUUGUGAGACCAGUGUGUCUUCAGUGACUACAGAAAAGAACUUGGAAGAAACUUCAACCACAGCAAUUAGUGUGCAUUCUGGGUCUGAACUGUUAGAUAAAGUAAAGGAGGAAUUGACUCCUGGGAAACAGCCAUGUACUAAUGAAUUUUCAUCCACUCUUUCUAGAAAUGGAAAGUCAGUGGCAAAAACUGGUUCAAAGAGUGACCAGUAUUUACCACUCCGUGAAGAGCAAGCCUGUGUUCAAACACAGAGUUCACUUUUCUAUUCUCCAUCUUCCCCAAUGAGCAGUGAUGAUGAAUCAGAAAUUGAGGACGAGGACUUGAAAGUGGAGCUUCAAAGAUUACGAGAAAAACACAUUCAGGAGGUGGUCAAUCUUCAAACACAGCAGAAUAAAGAGCUGCAGGAGCUAUAUGAACGCCUUCGAGCAACUAAAGACGGCAAAGUGAAAUCUUCAGAGACUCCUUUGCCACCUGCAUCACCACGUCGGCCACGAUCUUUCAAAAGUAAACUCCGAGGCCGCCCUCAAUCCUUGACACAUUCCGACAAUGUCCUUGUUGUAAAAGAUGCCCUAUGUGCGGAGAGUAAUACAGUGUCGUGCCAGCAAUCUCCGGCCAGUAAAAAGGGGAUGUUCACAGAUGAUUUACAUAAGUUGGUGGAUGAUUGGACAAAGGAAACAGUAGGGCAUUUCCCUAGUAAGCCGAGUUUAAACCAACUCAAACAGAGCCAACAAAAAUUAGAGACAGAAAACUGGAACAAGGUACAUGAAAGUACUCCAUCUACUAUGGGCUACACAUCAACAUGGAUUUCUCCUCACUCCCAAAUUCGUGGAGCUGUCCCAACUUCCUUGCCACAAGGACUCCCACUCCCUUCAUUUCCUGGGCCAUUAUCAUCAUAUGGAAUGCCCCAUGUUUGUCAGUAUAAUGCUGUAGGGGCCACAGGGUAUCCAGUACAGUGGGUAGGAAUUUCGGGAACAGCACAGCAGUCUGUAGUGGUUCCUACCCAAUCUGGGGGACUCUUCCAGCCCGGGAUGAAUUUGCAGGCAUUUCCAGCUCCACCAAUGCAGAAUCCGCCAUCAAUCCCUCCUGGUCCUAAAUGAAUCUAAUAGAUGCUGAUGUAAGGGGAGAGGACUUUGAGAACACCUAUAAUACUAAACUGUCUUCUUGAGUUCUGCCAUAUUUUCUCUCAUUUGAGUCUAUUUUCAACUGUGUUUUUUGUCGUUCCAGUGUGAUAUUUGAUACAGCUCAUCUUUAUGUAGUAAUGUGCAGUUUGCACAUAGAAUACUGCACACAGAAAUGUUUUUUCACUUCAAAUCCUAUCCUCUUUGAUACUUGAUUUUUAAAAAAUACUAUUCAGAAUGCUUUAAUAAGCUCAGCUUGAGUGUUACCAUUUCCAGGACACUUUCAUGUGUUGCUGAGAAGCUCUCGCCCCACUUUUGUAUGCUGCUACCAGCAGUUGUAUGAUACUUUUCUUUAAAGCGUGUAAAAACUAUAUAGAUUGGUUCUCCCCAAAUGUGGUUGAGGUAAGACCCUCCAAUAGCCAGUCUUGUGGGAUUUGUCACAACUGUCUUGGGUUUACUUUUCACAGAAGGCAGUAACUGGCUGCAGAAAAUGUUUUGAUGUAUAAAUUUAGUAUACUUUUUGUCAAGCAGUACAGAACAUGAACGUUUUGAAUGUGAUUUUCUUCCCGUCAUCACAGCAGUAGGAGUGAGGGCUUGUUUUAAGUGAGGCGGAGGGAAAGGAAAAAACAGAACUGUAACAGUUCCUUGAGCCUACAGCUACUAGAGCUGCUUUUGGGUUCCAGUAUUAACCCAAAGCAGCGAUCUUUCCUCAUGUGCACACUGCAUUGGUUUUGAGCAUCUGAGAGGCACUGACUCGGCUUGCAUUCUUUUGCUAAGUAUUGCAGCUGAUGGGAAUCUCACUUGGGGAUAAUCCUUGUAAUCCUAAACGAGGAGAUUCAGGUUAACACUUGUUAAUCCAUUCAUUCUUCUAAAGUGAAAUGUACUUGACACAUUAGGGUUUGUAGCUUUUGAGACUUUUUACAUAAAACACUGGCUUUACAGGGUUCUAAGAAAUGUAGGAUACAUACUAUCCUGCAGUGAAAUAGUACACCCUAGGAUGAUAUUAUUUAAAUUGCCUUUAACCUUUUUUGAUGACAGUUUUUUGGUUGUUAUAAUUUCUUACUAAUAUCUAUAGUCUUAGACCAUUUUAGAUCUUAGAUGCGUUUGUCAGCCUCUUGAAAAUUUGAGAGAUUUCACUGUCAAGUUGCACUUUACUGGGUUUUAUCCAGUUUUAGGAGGAAGGGAGGCAGUGUCAAAAUGUACGCCUUUGGUUUUUAGGAAGGUUAACUUCAGUAAUCUUAAAGGCUCGUCACAGGGUUACCUAAUUUUCAGUCUGUGAAACCCAAAUAGAACUUUUACAUGGUAUUUAUCAACUCCUAAGAAUACAUAUUCAAAUGACUUCACAUUCACUGAAGCUUUGAAAGUCAUUUCUAAUACAUGUUUUCCUGUUUAGGAAUUCUCUUGGUAACCAUUCCAAAUUGUGC